UUUGUUGUGACAUUUUUCAAUAUGUCUGAACAACAUAAACAAAUCCGGAGAUAGCAGCGUUCACGGCUUCACGGCAAUGGGCCGAAAAGGAAAGGCGAAGACGGCUAAUAAAGCGAUUGGAAAAGCAAAAAAUGCCGAGCGCAGUCAAGAAAUCCGGGAACACGAAACUGUAGAGGCCCGUUCGAUUCGGUUGGAGAAAUUACGCCAAAAUCAGCGGGAACGCAUACGGAGUGAAACGCCACAAACGCGUAUGAGAAGGCUCGAGCGCCUGAAACUAAACCAGGUGAAGCGCCUUCAAAAGGAAUCGGACUUGGAUCGGGAGCACCGACUACUGAAGUUACGUGAAUACCAGCGCCGUCGGUUGGAAAACGAAACGCCGGAAGCGAAGGCGAUACGUCUGGAGAAGGUUAGAUUGUAUUACCAUAAGCGCAAGAUUGCCAAGCAGGAGGAAGAAGUGCACAAAACCAAGAUAAAAAUUAAAAUAGAAGCUUUCUGCUAAGAAAUCGGAGGAAAAAGACAGCUCGCGGGCUAAGAAUACAAAAGUUACGUGGAAGCCAGCCAAAACCAGAAAGUUGCGGAAACCAAAUGGAAGAUAAAAAUUAAUUAAUUGAGGUUUAUUUUUUCAUCCAAAGCAAUAUUUUUCUAUUUCAUAGUUCCCGUUUUAUAGGUUGUCACGAAUAUCUGUAAUAAGCUGAAGAAAAUAUGAGUUAUAGAACUGCCGUUUAUGACUACGCGGAAAGGAUUAGUUUAAAUAAAUAUAGAAUCACAUUAUUGUGAAUCUAAUUUGACUGGUGUCUCCGAUCUUUAUCAUAUAAGUACAAUGUAUGUAAAACCGAACAAUAAAAUAUAUUGAAGUUUGAAUAUGACAA